GUGCCUGCGCUCGCGCCCGGGGGCGACUCUUCGGAUUCAAGAUGACCAACAAAGAACCUCUUCCCAAAAAGGUUCGACUGAGUGAGAUAGACUUCAAAGUUAUGCCACGAGAUGAGUUAAGUCUAAGAUGGAAGCAGUAUGAUGCAUAUGUACAAGCUUUGGAGGGCAAGUACACAGAUCUUAACUCUAAUGAUGUAACUGGCUUAAGGGAGUCUGAAGAAAAACUAAAGCAACAACAGCAGGAAUCUGCAGGCAGGGAAAACAUCCUUGUAAUGUGACUAGCAACCAAGGAACAAGAGAUGCAAGAGUGUACUACUCAAAUCCAGUACCUCAAGCAAGUUCAGCAGCCGAGCGUUGCCCAACUGACAUCAACAAUGGUGGACCCAGCGAUCAACUUGUUUUUCCUAAAAAUGAAAGGUGAACUGGAACAGACUAAAGACAAACUGGAACAAGCCCAAAAUGAACUGAGUGCCCUGAAGUUUACGCCUGAUAGCCAAACGGGGAAAAAGUUAAUGGCGAAGUGUCGAAUGCUUAUCCAGGAGAAUCAGGAACUUGGAAGGCAGCUGUCCCAGGGACGUAUUGCACAACUUGAAGCAGAGUUGGCUUUACAGAAGAAAUAUAGUGAGGAGCUUAAAAGCAGUCAGGAUGAACUGAAUGACUUCAUCAUCCAGCUUGACAAAGAAGUAGAGGGUAUGCAGAGUACCAUUCUAGUUCUUCAGCAACAACUGAAGGAGACACGCCAGCAGUUGGCUCAAUACCAACAGCAGUAGUCUCAAGCCUCAGCCCCAAGUACCAGCAGGACUACAUCUUCUGAACCUGUAGAACAGGCAGAGGCCACAAGUAAAGACUGCAGCCGUCCGGCAAAUGGACCAAGUAAUGGUAGCUCCUCCCGUCAGAGGACGUCUGGGUCUGGAUUUCACAGGGAGGGGAGCACAGCUGAAGAUGACUUUCCUUCUUCUCCAGGGAAUGGCAAUAAGGCUUCCAACAGCUCAGAGGAGAGAACUGGCAGAGGAGGUAGUAGUUACGUAAACCAACUCAGUGCGGGGUAUGAAAGUGUAGACUCUCCCACGGGCAGUGAAAACUCUCUCACACACCACUCAAAUGACACAGACUCCAAUCAUGACCCUCAAGAGGAGAAAGCAGUGAGUGGGAAAGGUAACCAAACUGUGGGUUCCCGCUACGUUCAGAAUGGCUUGGACUCAAGUGUAAAUGUACAGGGUUCAGUUUUGUAAUAUUUUUCCAGAAAAUUUUUAUACAGUGUCAUUUAAUUUGGGAGAGGAUACUGUCUAGAAAAUUAAUGCAUACUUUUGUCACAAUUUGCCUUUUUGUUGGUGCGUGUUUUUUUCUUGUUUGUUUGGUUAUUAUUUAUUUUGCUUCAAUACCUCUGCCACUUUGGAAAUUAUAACAGUUAAUUACUUUGAAUGUUGCUAAAAGGACAUUUUGUGUAGGGUCAAGUUAUUUUUAUAUGAGUUAAUGUGAAGUUGUAAAUGGAAAUCUUUUCGUAAAGUAUAACACAAUGAUGUCUGUAUAAAUCUAUGUCUAUCUAGAACCUGUGCUGUGUAAGGGCAUUCUUACUCAUGCUGUUAUUAUACUUAUGCACCAUUCAGACUUGUUAGAAUAGAUGUGGGUUUAUAACUGCCAAGUUUGCCCAGUACAGUAGUUUUUUUAUCACUAAAAGUUGGACUUGUUUAUGGAGUCCUAUAGUAGUUUCAGUGUUAGAUACAGUUUUUUCCACCACACAUCUGUGCAUUUUCUCUUUAGGUGACUGAAUGUUUAAGAAAUUUGUGUGCAUAGUUACUCAGUUUUUAUGAACUGUUGUAUCCUGUUAAUGCAUAUUGCUCUGUGACUCCAGUAUAUCUUACCUGUACUGACCAAACCUAAAUAAAGAUUUUUAUUGUAAAAAAAAAAAAAAA